CAAUGAGGGUGGAGUGGGUGAUAUAGAGAUGCAAGGACGGGGACGGUCUCCGGCACGACUGGUAUAAAAUCUAGUGUCUCCAAGUCGUGUAAAGCAGACAAUCAGUCGACGAAUACGAAGGCACAAACCGGUGGUGAUCACCAUGUCUUACAAAAUUAUCGGUUAUUUCGCCACCUUACUGGCCCUCACCCGCGCCGAGAUCACUGGUCCAGGUGCAGCCGCAGUAGCUGUCUCGCAGCAACCAGCUGCGACGGUUAUCAGAACCGAAAACUACAAUUCACAUCCUCGAUAUAGCUUCGGUUAUAGCGUGGCAGAUGGUCUCACCGGCGACAACAAGGUGCAGGAGGAGACUCGCAACGGCGACGUAGUCGAGGGAAGUUACAGCUUAAUCGAGCCCGAUGGUGCCCGGCGUCUCGUUUCCUACGCGGCCGAUCCCAUCAAUGGUUUUAACGCGGUCGUGCAGCGGGAUCCCAGCUUCACCGCUGCUGCUGCAGCAACAGUGCAUCCCAUCGUUACGCCGGUUGCAAUUGCAGUUCGUCCGCAGGCGACCGUCUCGAGGCAGUUCAACUCAGCUUCCACGCACGUCCUGGCCUCGCAUCCGGGACUGCUGAGUCUGGGAGUGGGCCUGGGAGUUAGAUCGGGAUCCCUUUACGGCACGCAGGCUCUCGUCGCGAACGGCGGUAUCGUGAAAGUUCGCUAAACGCAUGCAUAAUUGCAUCAGACAGCGGCGGUUCUGCUACUUGGCUUCCCUUCCACGAUGCCUCUCGAAACUCUCCUUGCCCGUCCAUGCAUAUCACGAUCCCCUUACGCAUCACUCUUAGCCACAGAUUAUAAUGCGUAAGGAGAUAUUACUAUGUUUAUCAUUUUAAAACCUGAAAUUUUAUAAUAAUACACGUUUUUGUAUAAUAACA